GUAAGAAGCAUGCGUGCGUGUUUGCGGCUCGCUGGAGCAGCCGCCGAACUCGGACAACAAGCGCGGAAGGGACGACGGUACCGUGCCCGGCUUCGUGCAAGGAUCUAGUGUGUUCCGGUGGUGUAAUGUGUCAUUUUCUACUUGCUGUCAGCGUCUGUUGACACCUGGCAUUUUGAAGCAAAGAAGAAGGUUUAGGAUUUUUUUCUCCGAGAUAGAAAAAAACAGGCCAGGGGGGCUACUACUAGUAGUCCGUGCACCACAUAGGAUCCAAAAUGAUUUAUCGAAAGUCAGAGGAAAUCCGGAAUCUGUUAUUUUCUAUCGUUAAUUGAACCUGUUUAUCGUGAAUUGGAGCUCUUACUUGGUUGCAGUGAGUGAUGUAGCUGUGGGCUUCGGGGUUCGAUCCGCUCCUCGGAUAUAAUAACUUACUCGGACCCGGGGAUUUAAUUAAUUUAUUUUUUGCUCUGCUUCGCUAUACGGUAAUGAUUUCGUUAUGGCGGAGACAGAAACGGUGUGGUGCUACUAGUAGAGCGGACCGAUCACGUCGGAGCCGUCUUGUCAGACCACCCCGAGCGACCUGAGCGGGAUGAUCGCGCGGAUCGUGAUGAGACAGAUGAGGAGGUAGUGGGGGGGUGAUCCUCGUGCACUCGUGACGGGCCGUCAGGAUGGGCGGUGUGUGUUCUGCUGUGUGACGACGCCGCGCUAAUGAAGGCGUGAGGAGCGACAGGAGCGCGCUCCACUCCGCGCUCCACUCCGCGCUCCACCAUGACCGUCCCCAAAGACAUUCCCGAGAAGUGGCUCCCGCUCGUCCUGCCGCUCAAACGAAAGAAAGACAAAGAGGAGAGGCUGAAAGCCGCCAAAGAGAAACGCAAAGCCGGGACAGAGGAGGAGAGGAGGGUCAGAGCCAAUGACAGAGAGUACAAUGAAAAGUUCCAGUAUGCGAAUAACUGCAUCAUGACCUCCAAAUACAACAUAAUCACUUUCCUCCCGGUCAAUCUGUUUGAGCAGUUCCAAGAAGUGGCCAACACUUACUUCCUCUUCUUGCUCAUACUGCAGCUGAUUCCUCAGAUCUCUUCCCUGUCCUGGUUCACCACCAUUGUGCCUUUAGUCUUGGUGCUGAGCAUCACCGCGGUGAAGGACGCCACGGACGACUACUUUCGUCACAAAAGUGACAACCAGGUGAACAACCGCCAGUCUCAGGUCCUCAUCAGCGGCAUCCUUCAGAAGGAAAAGUGGAUGAAUGUGCGAGUGGGUGACAUCAUCAAACUGGAGAACAACCAGUUUGUGGCAGCUGACCUGCUGUUGUUAUCCAGCAGCGAACCCCAUGGAUUGUGCUACAUUGAGACUGCAGAGCUGGAUGGAGAGACCAACAUGAAAGUGCGACAGUCUCCGUCCGUCACCUCGGAGCUCGGGGACCCUCAUAACCUGGCUCAGUUUGAUGGAGAGGUGAUUUGCGAACCGCCCAACAACAAGCUGGACCGCUUCUGUGGCACGUUGUACUGGAGGGAGAACAAGUACAGCCUGAGCAACCAGAACAUGCUGCUGCGCGGCUGCGUGCUCAGGAACACGGAGAGCUGCUACGGCCUGGUUAUCUUCGCAGGUCCUGACACCAAACUGAUGCAGAACAGUGGGCGCACGAAGUUCAAGAGAACCAGCAUUGACAGGCUGAUGAAUACACUCGUCCUCUGGAUCUUUGGCUUCCUUGUGUGUAUGGGAGUGAUCCUGGCCAUUGGGAAUGCGGUGUGGGAGAAAGAGGUGGGCUCCCUCUUCCAGAGCUACCUGCCCUGGGACCCCUCUGUGGAUAACUUCCUCUUCUCUGCUUUCCUGGCCUUCUGGUCUUACGUCAUCAUCCUCAACACCGUGGUGCCCAUCUCGUUGUACGUGAGCGUGGAAGUGAUCCGACUGGGCCACAGCUACUUCAUCAACUGGGACCGACGCAUGUUCUGCCAGCGGUGCAACACCCCGGCAGAGGCCCGCACCACCACCCUCAAUGAAGAGCUGGGCCAAGUGGAGUACAUUUUCUCCGACAAGACGGGCACCCUCACCCAGAACAUCAUGACCUUCAACAAGUGCUCCAUCAAUGGCCAUGCCUACGGGGAGGUGAUCGACACUCUGGGAACGCAGCCCAAGAGAGCCCAGCGGCUGGACUUCUCCUUCAACUCUCUGGCCGACAAGGACUUCUGCUUCUAUGACCAGAGCCUGCUGGACGCAAUCAAGCUGGGCGAGCCACUGGUGCACGAGUUCUUCCGCCUCCUGUCGCUCUGUCACACUGUCAUGAGCGAGGAGAAGAGUGAAGGAGAGUUGGUGUACAAGGCCCAGUCCCCCGACGAGGGAGCCCUGGUGACUGCAGCCCGGAAUUUUGGCUUUGUGUUUCGCUCACGCACCCCCAACACGAUCACCGUGCAGGAACUGGGCCGCCCUGUCACCUACAGCCUGCUGGCCAUCCUGGACUUUAACAACAUCCGCAAGAGAAUGUCCGUCGUUGUCCGCAGUCCGGAGGGGAAGAUACGACUGUAUUGUAAGGGCGCCGACACCCUGCUCUUUGAGAGACUCCAUCCCUGUAACCAAGACCUCAUGAACGUGACCUCGGACCAUCUCAACGAGUAUGCUGCUGAUGGGCUGAGGACCUUGGUCCUGGCCUACAGGGACCUGUCGGAGCAGCAGUGGGAAGACUGGGCCGCACAGCUCCACAGCGCUGAGAGGGCCCCUGACUAUAGGGAGGACAGGCUGGCAGCUGCCUAUGAGGAGAUUGAGCAGGACAUGAUGCUGCUGGGGGCUACAGCCAUAGAAGACAAACUGCAAGAGGGGGUGCCCGAGACCAUCGCCCUCCUGUCCCUGGCUAACAUCAAGAUCUGGGUUCUGACUGGAGACAAGCAGGAGACAGCAGUGAACAUAGGCUACUCGUGUAAGAUGCUGACGGACGACAUGACCGAAGUGUUCAUCAUCAAUGGGCACACGGUGCAGAGUGUUCGAGAGGAGCUCAGAAGGGCGAGAGAGCGCAUGAUAGAGUCUGCUCGCUCCAGAGAUGGGGCAAAGGGGGAGGACACGGAAUGGGCCGAGGGCUGCUCCCUAGGGAAUGGCUUCGGGGGUCCAGAAGGAGCACAGGGAGACUGGCACCAGCAGUCAGGAGAUAAAAGGCAGAAGUCCAUGCCUGCAGCUCACCCAUCAUCCAACCUGCUGGACUCCAUCUCCGGGGAGUACGCCCUGGUCAUCAGUGGACACAGUCUGGCGCACGCCCUCGAGGCUGACAUGGAGCGCGAGUUCCUUGACACUGCAUGUGUCUGCAAAGCGGUGAUCUGCUGCCGGGUCACACCGCUACAGAAGGCCCUCGUAGUGGAGCUUGUGAAGAAGCACAAGAAGGCCGUCACGCUGGCCGUGGGGGACGGAGCUAAUGACGUCAGCAUGAUCAAGACUGCCCAUAUUGGAGUGGGUAUCAGUGGUCAGGAGGGCAUCCAGGCGGUGCUGGCAUCCGACUACUCCUUCUCCCAGUUCCGCUUCCUGCAGCGCCUCCUGCUGGUGCACGGCCGCUGGUCCUACCUGCGCAUGUGCCGCUUUCUCUGCUACUUCUUCUACAAGAACUUUGCCUUCACCAUGGUGCACUUCUGGUUCGGCUUCUUCUGCGGUUUCUCUGCGCAGACGGUCUACGACCAGUACUUCAUCACUCUCUACAACAUUGUGUACACAUCUCUUCCUGUCCUGGCCAUGGGGAUUUUUGACCAGGACGUCCCGGAGCAGCGCAGCCUCGAGUACCCCAAGCUGUAUGAGCCGGGGCAGCUCAACCUUCUCUUCAAUAAGCGCGAGUUCUUCAUUUGCAUCGCGCAGGGCAUAUACACCUCCGUGGUGCUCUUCUGCGUACCCUAUGGGGUGCUAUCCCAGGCCACCGGUAGCGAUGGCAUCCCGCUGGCUGAUUACCAGACCUUUGCUGUCACCGUGGCCACCUCCCUGGUUAUCGUGGUCAGCGUGCAGAUUGCCCUUGACACAGGCUACUGGACAGCCAUUAACCAUUUCUUUAUUUGGGGCUCGUUGGGUUCCUACUUCACCAUCUUGUUUGCCAUGCACAGCAACAUACUCUUCAGCAUCUUUCCAAACCAGUUCCACUUUGUUGGCAGUGCCCAGAACACCUUGCAGCAGCCAGUGGUGUGGCUAACAAUUGCUUUAGCCACUGUUAUCUGCAUCGUGCCUGUCCUCGCCUUCCGUUUCCUUAAACUGGACCUCAAACCUCAGCUCUCAGAUACGGUGCGGUACACCCAACUUGUGCGUCAGAAGAAACGCAAAUCAGGAGGUCGCGGCGGCCGCGGCGCCCUUGGAGGAGUGGCUGGGCUCGGGAGCGGGGCCCUGGGGCGGCUGGGCCGUGCUGGCUCUCGGCGCUCUGGGUACGCCUUCGCUCACCAGGAGGGCUUUGGGGAGCUCAUCACCUCAGGGAAGAACAUGCGUCUCAGCUCCUUGGCGCUGGCCACCUUCGCCUCACGCCACAGCGCCAGCUGGAUCGACACACUACGCAAGAAGAAGCAGCAGCUGACGCCUACCCAGUCCGGGGCCGAGGGCAGCCCUGCCACUCCAUGUCCUGCCCCACUUUCCACCUCCUCCUCCCUGCUUGGGCCCCAGGAUGCCCUGGUAGAGGACACAACACACACCCCACUGGGUCUGGCUCCCUCUGCCAGCAGCAGUGCUGUCACCCCCACCCCGAUGAGGAGUCCGGGGGGAGAGUCUUCAGGAAGCUGGGCGGUCAGCCUAGGGGCAGUGCAGGAGGCUCUUUUUGGAUGGCGGGGGGUAGGGGCGCGUAUCAGCGGUGCCAGCAGUCCAGGACCCCCUCCCAUUGUCGAGGAGACCUCCCUGGCCGAGUGAGAAGGUGACAAGCAGAGCAUCGCACACGCGGACCGGUGGAUCCUGGGUGAACCCGUGACAGAUGUGCCCUUCUCUGUAGAGCUGGACUGGUGCUCUCUGCCUGUCUUUGGGUUAGCGUGCCCAAGGCAUUAGCUGUUUCAGGCAGGUUAUGCACCGAGUUUGCCGAGCACUGCUGCUAUCAAGAGACUCUUACGAUGAAAAGCUCACGGCUGCUCCUUUUUAUCUUUUCCGCCGAAGGAGCAACGCAACACGAAGGAGAUAGGGCUUUCCCUACAGACACAUUUUUUUUCCACUUAUUCAGAAAAUAUUUGUCCGAGCCAUGAGCCCUAUGCAUAGUAAUACGAAAUAUGAUACUGCAAUAUUAAAAUUAGACAACGCCAUUUAAACUUGUCUGUAAACAUAGGUUUAAAUUCCAGUCAGCGCAGACUUUUGGGAUGACACGGAAAAGGCAAAGAGUUGAGUGAAUGUAGAAAUAGAGCAAAUGGAGCUCUGAAGGAGGACUAAAGUUGAGGUGCCCUGGUAACAUUGUACAACUUACUGAACUAAAUCAGAAUAAAAAUCCAGGUCAGGUAGUUUUAGUACAGGAUACACAGCCGGAUAAUUACUGGUUUUCAUGUAGAAUAUUGGCAUCACACUUUUGUAAGGAACAACCAGUGAUGUGAUUUAAAAGUAAAAGCUCAGCUCUCAUUUUCAGUCCUUCACUUCAGUCCUAUGAAUACAGCCUUUAUGUCACUUUGACGUGUACGUUGCUGUGUUUGAGCGAGUUUUAAAACCUAUCGUUCAGUGUAUGUUCUUGCAGUAUCGGAGAUAGUCAAGAGAAAGCCCUCUCUCCAAAACAACCUGCGCUCAGACAUGGAGGCGACUCUGGCUCAAAUCCAUUUGGCUUCACUGCACUCAUUCUUUGAACAGUUGGACCCUGUCUGGUAGAGACAGCAGCGCUGUUUGUUUAUUUUGCGCAUACCCUCUUUGAGGAAAAAGCAUCAUUAAACUGUUGUAGAGCAUUUGGGUCAACAUAUAUUUACACGUAAAUAGUCAGCUCGUAAGCCACAUCAGGUCCAAGUUAUUGAUGUCCAAGUCCUUAGUGUUUCAAUACUAUUGUGGGGAACAUGAUGGCUUCAUGUAAAAGCAAUUAAUAGUACUGGUAACAGGGGUACUAUUAUUUAAAGGUAUGUAAAGCAAUGACUACACAUAGCCAGCCAUACAUACAGCCAGUCUGAGGACGACCAAGGUUACGGAAGUGGAACGGAGAACUUUCAGCCAUUGCCUGCUACCGGACUUUUUUGCUCCUCGUUUCAAUCGAACGGACGGCGUAAAAUUGCACAAGGGAGCAUUGUGUCUCUGUACACUUCAGUUCUCAGUGAGAACGCCACAUUUCACUUUGCCGGAUGUCAUCGGGCACAGCGCUCACAGCCCCAGCUGUUUUUACACCAUAUUGGUGUACUCAUCGAAGGUAAGCUGUGCUCCUGAUGAGACUGCCUUGGACUGUGCCAGACAAGGUCAUACAUAGCGAAAUCAUAUCACAGCGCCAUCGUGUUACUGUGUGUCCACUUGGAGAUACGAUUCCUCUCAGACGAAAUCGUUUGAAGAAAAAAAAAAAAGUUUGCGUGCGCUCGGUUGGACCUCUCAACUUUGGAUCUGAGCAAUAUGGAACUCUUUAAGGACUGCUCUCACAAGCCCCAAAAAGCGCAUCUGCAUUUAUGAGCUUCGAAGUAAAGGCCACCCGCGCUGUUCGGAGGGGAGCCCCGGGGGUGGCGUCCACAUGAAGAUGCAAGUUUUGAGUCACGUAUUCAAAACUUUGGACUCUGCAGCCAUAAUCAAAUCAGCAUUGUUUUGUUUGUGUUCCCUUUCAGGCCGUUCCUCAAUAAAGGAAGGAGCUCCUGAGGUAAAAGUGUUAGCAUUGAAACGUGCGCACGGAGUGCGCAGUUAGCAAGCGGCGCAGCGGUGCUGGGUACGGGGAGAGGGAGAUGCUGUGGGAGCCUCUCGAUCGGUCCCGUUAGACUUUGGAUUUCAGAGCUUCAAUGAAAGGAGGCGAUGGUUGAAACAGGUGGUAAAUAAAUAAAAGUGGAAAGAAACACGAUGUCUCUGUGGUUUGUGUUGUACACUUUACGGUGCCAGACGCUCACACCAGCCAAGGCUCAGCACCACUGACUGGCCUCACGUCGGCCUGCUUCUCAGCCUCGCAGCGGUUCAGACCGUGAACAUGGUACAAACACGGUCUCUGCACCGCGGAAG